AUGGAGGCGAAAUCGCCCCACGGUACUCCCUCAAGUAUCUCCAAUGCUGGUCCUUCUCAGUUGACACCGACCGAUGCCAGAGACAACCGCUCGAACUCGAUCCUGAGGAGACUGUUUCCCCAAUUUACCCGCCAGAGAAGAACAGUGUUCCAUGCCAUCGCGACUGUCCCGCUCGUUUCCGUCGGCAUUGUUCAUCAGAACUGCCAAGGGGGUGUCUCUCUGGUAUCGACCUUGAUCAGACCCACAGAUAUUUAUGCUUAUGAGGACGAACAAAACUUCCUCACAGAGCCCGUUGCUGUUGUCGUGAACGACGACACUUCAAGUAUGCUCCCGAUAGCCCAAGAGCCUCCUGUUGCUACCGGCUCAUUGGAGGUCGAAGGCGAGGUAUUGGCAGCCUUAUAUCCGACUGCCAGCCAGCCAUGGUUGACCAUUUUCCCUCAAAACAUUGCCACCCCUACUCUGUCUACCGUCUUGCCCCUACCAGGAGAUUGCUUCAAAGAUACCACACAGCUGGCCUACUGCUGCAACUUGCUCCGCAUGUACGUGUCACCCUCCUCGGCAGCUGCAGUCAUUCAUACGCCUCUUGACAGGACCCAGCAUGCCUUGAUCGAGCCCUAUGCGGAAAGCAAGAGAGAAGUAAGCAGGAUCCGCUGGCUCACACAAGGAGUUGUCGACGAGUUUGCCGCAGACAGUCUCAAGAGUACGGAGUUUCUCUCUGAGGUUCUUCUUCUUGCCCCAUACCUCGACGAGGAGUACUACCGCAAGCUGCUCAGCUGUGUUAUCGACAAAUUCGAGGCCUCGACAUUGCUUGAUAUCGACCUACUGCAGGGACUGGUCCAGCUUGUCGAAAGUGCCUCGCCAGAGUACAUAGAGGCUGAAGAUCUUAUCCGUAUGUUCGCUGUUCUCUGCACUUGCUGGCAUGGGAGCGACCAACAGCCAUCCAAGCACCUCUAUUACUUGGCCCAGGCUUUUUCUCGCCUUAUAGAUGUCAUGGUCGACAGCAUGGCCAAGGAUGUACGACGAGCUGCUGACCAUGAGCCGCUAGCUGCGCUUUUGGAUCAGAUGAAGGACAGCUUCGACCCUUACCUGAGGCACCAGGUCAUCUACGCCUCCCAAGGUCUGUUGCACGCGCCCAACGACGAGACGCGUCGCCAGUCUGUGUUGCGUCAUGCGGACAACAUUACCAUGGGACUUCUUGGGGUUGCGAGCGUCUGCCAGCUAGAUCCAGAUCAGCUGAAUGACGAGACUGAGUCUCGUGAGACUGACACCGAGGUUGUCGGCGGUGUGGAGAUAUUGCCCGAGAGCGAUCAGGAUGUACUGGAGGGCGUUCAGAGCAGGGUCAGGUCUGAUGGAAGGCUGCUCUGGUAUACUGCGCUGCGUGAGGCCCAAGAGCAUAUCAGGAAUGGUCGACUUCGGGAUUUCAACCAUCUCAUCUUUGAGGCGCCCUGCCGCGACCACGUCGAGUUUCAGUGGGGGAUCUGUUGCAUGCUUGGCGAAAUAGCAGUUGACCCACUGUGGGAGAGUGCCACCUGCCAACACGCCGUCGAUCUCCUUUCCCAGCUGUACAAGAACGAUGCAAUCCGAUCUCCAAACGAGGGCAUCGACAAGUGGAUCCUUAACAUCCUCCGCCAGAUCGGAGACUCCGCAGACACUACAGUUUCUGACUAUGCCCAGUCCACUCUGCAAGAUCUGGAAAAGGAAGGCGACGUUGGCAGACAGGAACUCUACCGCGGUUUUCUGGAAUGUCCGGUCAGCUCUUAUCCCAUCAAGAUCUGUAUGCCAGUCCCAUCGUCAUCAGAACUGCUUGCGAAAGUUAUGGCCAUCCCAGCGAUCGAGUCUGACCUACUUAACCUGAAGAUCCGUCGAUUGAUACAGCCAGGGAACCCUGUGUACAUCCCACCCCAGGCCAAACCUACCCUCCAAAGUGCCGACAAGACUUUGUUUCCGCUGAUGGAAAAGGCAUUGGACUUCUUGAACGGCCCCGGCCUGGUUUUUCUGUUGCUGGGCGAUUCAGGAGGAGGAAAAUCAACAUUCAAUCGGCAGCUCGAGCGCACUCUUUGGAAGGCCUACAAGAGAGGCGACCCUAUCCCUCUCCACAUCAACCUGCCAUCCAUCGACAAUCCGCAACAAGACCUGAUCGCCAAGCAAUUGCGACGACUCGACUUUACCGACUACGAGAUCCAGGAACUCAAACAGAACCGACAGUUUAUUAUCAUCUGCGAUGGAUACGACGAGAGCCAGCUCAAGAAAAACAUCUACACUACGAACGAGCUCAACAGUCCAGGCAAGUGGAGGGUCAAAGUUGUCAUCAGCUGCCGCACUCAGUACUUGGGACAAGACUAUCGUUCAUUAUUUCAACCCACUACCGAGAGUCGAUACGACGGCCCUGCGACAACCCUUUUUCAAGAAGCGGCUAUAGCCAAGUUUUACAGGCCACAGAUCCUGCAGUACGUCGAACAGUAUGUCAAAGAGCUCUCUGCACGUGGCCCUCCCCAAGGCCAGCCGUUAUGGACAGUGCGCGACUAUAUGGGCUCGCUGGUCAACAUUCCGAACCUUUUAGACAUGUCAUCCAACCCGUUCCUACUCACUCUGACACUAGACACCCUACCCAACGUUGUCGGCACCCGUGACAACCUCGCGACAAUCCGUAUCAGUCGGGUGCAGCUGUAUGAUAGCUUUGUUGAGCGUUGGUUAAAGGUUAACAAGCGCAGGCUGUUGGAGAGUCAGAUGUGCAUGGAUAAACAACGAGUGCUUGAUCUUCUUCUUGAGGACGGGUUUCUCGACAACGGUCUCCGAUUCCAGAAGGACUUGGCGGCGGCGAUCUUCUUGAAGAAUGCAGGACACCCCGUCAUCAAGUACACUCAUCUCCGCGACGGUACCACAUGGAAGGCUGCCUUUUUCAGUCCAGACGAACCAAUCAAGAUGCUCCGGGAGUCCAGUACUGUGGAUCGGUCUGGCGCCUAUUUUCGUUUUCUUCACCGGUCUCUACUAGAGUAUUUUUAUUCGAGGACCAUCUAUGAUCCGCGCGAGCAUGCGGCCGAUGCCACUUCCGCCGGAGAUGCAUCCUAUAUUGAUCUCAAGGCAAAUUUGGCUCGGAUGAGCAUCAUCGACGAACCUUCGAUUCUACGAUUCUUGGCCGAGCGCGUGGAAAUGGACCCUAAUUUCAAGGAGCGACUGCUUGAUAUUGUCGAGGAUUCGAAGACGGACACGGAGGCAGGGCAGGUUGCGGCAAACGCGAUGACGAUCUUGGUGAAGGCUGGCGUUCGGUUCAAUGGCGUGGAUCUACGAAGGAUCAGGAUUCCGGGUGCUGACCUCCGUGGUGGACAAUUUGAUUCGGCGAACCUCGAAGGCGCUGAUCUGAGCGGUGUCAACAUGACCAAUACGUGGCUUCGACAGGCGGACCUCAGGAAGGCCGUGAUGACCAGGGCCCAGUUUGGAGAGUUACCUUACUUGGAGUUGGAUGGGCCGGUUUUGAUGUGCGUCUUUUCGUCCGAUGGUCAAUACUUUGCCGCUUCGACCACUCUUGACACUAUCAACAUUUUUGCCACCGCCACAUGGGAGAGGAUCGCCCAGCAUCCCGGUGGUUUGGCCAUCACUUUUUCACCUACCAGCAAAGAACUCGCUAUGGGGAUGGGUCUGAAGGAUUGCGCGUCCACAGUGCAUCUGAGCAACAUACUGACCGGUAUACCUCGACUUGUCUUGGCAGGUCAUACUGACUGCGUUAAUUCUGUCGCGUAUUCACCCGACGGAGCUCAGAUCGCUUCUGCAAGCGAGGAUCAUACGGUGCGGAUCUGGUCGACUGAGACUGGCGAUUCCUUGCGUAUCUUCACCGGCCACACCAAAGCAGCCAAUACAGUGGCCUUUUCACCAGCCUCCCUCCAACUCGCGUCGUGUAGCGAUGACGGGACGAUCAGGACAUGGGACCUCGAGAACGGAGAGCCGCUUCUUGUGCUUGAAGGCCAUCAGGUUUCUGUUCAUUCCAUCACAUAUUCACCGGACGGGCAUUUGAUCGGCUCUGGCGGUUGGGACCACUCUGCUCGGCUCUGGGACGCGAACACAGGCGAGAUACAGAACAUGAGACUUGGAUAUACGGCACCUGUCGCUGGGCUGGCAUUCUCUCCUGACGGUCUCCAGGUUGCCUCCUAUGGCUACGAUGGCAGGGUUCACCUGUGGGAUCCGAAAACUGGCGAGUCCAUUAGCAUUCUGUCUGGACAUAGCUUUGAAGUCGGCAGUGCUGUUUAUUCUCCGGCCGGUGAUUGCAUUGCCUCGGGCGGAUCGGACAAGACUGUGAGGCUAUGGAGGUUGGAAGGGAGUGCGACUAGAAACUCUGUGGGAUCUUAUGCUCUAGCCUCAGUAGCUGUCGAUAUCUCUCCGGACGGAAAUCAGAUCGUCACGAGCAACAUGGGCGGACUGAGACUGUGGGAGACUCUUACAGGCAGGAAGACGGCCGUUCUGAGUGGACACACCCACCACACUGGAACUGUGAAGUUCUCUCCUUGCGGCCAGCGACUCGUCUCUGCCAGCUGGGACAAGACAGUGAGGAUUUGGUGUGUUAAGACAGGAUCGGUCCUGCACGUUCUUGAAGGUCAUGAUGGCCCCGUCGAAAGCGCCGCCUUCUCGCCGACUGACCACGAGGUCGCCUCUACCGGAGUCGAUAAGACGGUGCGAACGUGGGAUUCUCAGACUGGCGAGAAGAGGUCCAUCCUGGAGGGGCAUACAGGCAUAGUGCGUGGCGUUGUGUACUCACCGAGCGGACAUCAGAUGGCCAGCUGGAGCAUGGAUGGGAGUGUCAGACUUUGGAACCCGCUGACGAAGAAGCAUAUACUCACUCUGAAUCAUCCCGUGCCCAUUAUCCAAGCGAUAUUCUGGCCGGGCAGGGAGGACCUCAUAUUGAUUGCGCUUAAUGCUGAGGCGAGUUGUUGGAACACCCAGUCUGGAGAGCGAAGUAAUCGAUUUUCGAACUUUGGAUUCAAGUUUCGCACUUGCUCCUUUUCACCUGGAGGGGAGUUCAUGGCAACUUGUGAUAAGGACGGAGUGCUGCGAUUAUGGAAUGUUGGAUCAGGUGCAGGUGCAGGUGCAGGUGGCGACGACAACGGUCUGGAGGAGGUUUUCCAUACGACGACUGGCGUGGCGGUGCACAUUCGAUGGGCGCGCAUUGCUGACUAUCAAGUUUUGGUGACCGUCAUGUCGUCGCAGUCCUUGAACGUUUGGAAACUUGUGGAGGAUCGAGGGACGUACAAGUUGCAGCUGCUCUGGGCCAUGGGGUGCACUGAGCUUUCUUUCGAGGCUGCCAAGGUGGAUGAGGUUGUUGGUUUGAGCCUUGUCAAUUCUUUGUUGUUGAAGCAGCGCGGCGCCGUUGGUGAAGUGGCUAGCGAGUAG